UAAUUUGUGAAUAAAACAACAAUUAAUGCAUAACAUUUAUAUAGUAUUUUACCCUCUAAUGCUACAUGUAUUGUGUUCUAUUAUUAGUAACAGCAUUACAUCAUGUUUACAUGUACAUGUACAUACAUGAAUUAUUCCUCGUUCAUGUUUGUAUUAGUUUUAAGAGAAGGUGAAUGGAGAGUAAGUGAAGUACUAGAUUCUACUGGUCUGACUACUGGGGCCUAUCAAGACAAGUAUCAGUUAUUAUUAAAGAAGAGACAAUGGUGGCAAGAUCAGUUUAUAGUAUACCCUACAGAGAGAGAAGUAAAACUACAAAAUUAUGUGGAAUCGUUGCAGCAGGAGUUAAGAGUAUCUGAGGGAAACAAGAUCUCACUGCAGGAAGCACUCCUUGAGGCUAGUCAGCAAGUUAUUGAACCUAUACCACUAGACAAGACAAGAGUAGAAGCAGUGAAAGAAACUAAACUAUCUUCAACUAAAGAGGAAGUGUCUACUGGAACAACUGAUGAUUAUAAAGAUAAUGAUGAUGUUAAAGGAGAGGAGAAGGAGGAGGAGCAGACAACAGAAACUAAACAAACAACCAGUGAAGGUAUACUUAGUUCAAGUUGAGUUGCCACAGGAAGU